GGCCACCAGACUAUUGAGCAACAUUCUUGUACAGCGCUAUCGCCGAAGUUGAGAGUUGCUACGAUAUGGACGCUCAAUCAUAAUCCGUAUUUGCAAGUCACUUUAGAUUGUUAGAUCAUUAAUAAGGUUCUUCUUGUUCAAGAAACAUAUCUUAUUGACAUGGCUGCAUACGAUAUCAAAGAUGGCGAGUAUACUGCAACGAUUUACACCAUGAUCAAAGAGGGCAAGUAUAUUGACGCUAUACAAAUCCUGUCACAAGAACUCCAGAAUCACCCCAAGUCACGGGCAGCCUUGUCCCUGCUCGGCUACUGCUACUUUCACAUCCAGGACUUUGCCAAUGCCGCCGAAUGUUACGAGCAGCUGGUUCAGAUCUGCCCGGCAGUGGAUAGCUACAAGAUGUACUACGCCCAGGCACUGUACCACGCCUGCAUGUACCCUGAGGCCAUGAAGGCAACCUUCCAGAUUGAGAACCAAGACUACCAGCCAAAGAUCACCAAACUACAAGCAGCAAUCAAGUAUGGUGAAGAGGAUCUUUCAGCUGCAAAGAGUCUUGUCGAGCAGUGUCCCACGGAGGACCCCGAUACUGAGGUUAACCUGGGCUGUCUGUUGUUCAAGGAAGGUCGCUACAAACUGGCCUGUCAGAAGUUCCUUACUGCCAUGCAGGUCCUAGGAUAUAGACCAGAUCUGUCCUACAACAUAGCUCUCUGUUACUACAGCAUGAAGCAGUAUGCGCCAGCCUUGAAACACAUCGCUGACAUCAUUGAGAGGGGCAUCCGAGAGCACCCAGAAUUGAGUGUCGGGAUGACCACUGAAGGAAUUGAUGUGCGCAGCGUGGGCAACACCUUAGUGCUGCACGAGACGGCACUGAUCGAAGCGUUUAAUCUCAAGGCAGCCAUUGAGUUCCAGCUUAAGAACUUGGAAGCAGCACAAGAAGCCCUGACAGAUAUGCCACCUAGAGCAGAGGAGGAACUUGACCCGGUGACUCUUCACAACCAGGCCUUGAUGAACAUGGAAAGCAAUCCAACCCAGGGCUUUGAGAAGCUGCAGUUCCUGCUACAGCAGAAUCCGUUCCCACCGGAGACGUUUGGCAAUCUGCUUCUUCUCUACAUCAAAUAUGAGUACUACGACCUUGCAGCCGACGUCCUGGCUGAAAACUCCCACCUGACCUUCAAGUUCCUGAGCCAGUACCUGUAUGACUUCCUGGACGCGGUCAUCACCAUGCAGACAGCAAAGGAGGAGGCAUACCGCAAGCUGGACGAGAUGGCUACCCGCCACACCGACCAGCUGCGCAAACUGACCAAGGAGGUGCAGGAGGCACGGCAUAACCAUGACGAUGAGACUGUCAAGAAGGCGGUGAAUGAGUACGAUGAAGCAUUAGAGAGGUACAUCCCGGUCCUCAUGCAGCAAGCUAAGAUCUAUUGGGACAUGGAGCACUACACCCAGGUGGAGAAGAUCUUCCGCAAGUCGGUUGAGUUCUGUAAUGAGCAUGAUGUCUGGAAGCUCAAUGUGGCCCACGUGCUGUUCAUGCAGGAAAACAAGUACAAGGAGGCCAUCGGCUUCUACGAGCCCAUCGUCAAGAAGAACUACGACAAUAUUCUGAAUGUGAGUGCUAUCGUUUUAGCCAACCUCUGCGUCUCCUACAUUAUGACCAGCCACAAUGAAGAGGCAGAGGAAUUGAUGCGGAAGAUAGAGAAAGAGGAGGAACAGGUUGCCUACGACGAGCCGGACAAGAAAAUCUAUCAUCUCUGUAUUGUCAACCUGGUCAUCGGUACCCUGUACUGUGCCAAGGGCAACUAUGAGUUUGGCAUCUCGCGCGUCAUUAAGAGCUUGGAACCUUAUAACAAGAAGUUGGGCACUGAUACCUGGUUCUACGCCAAGCGCUGUUUCCUAUCUUUACUGGAGAACAUGGCUAAGCACAUGAUCAUGUUGAGAGACAGCGUCAUCCAUGAAUGCAUACAGUUCUUGGAACAUUGUGAAGCUUACGGGCGCGACGUUAAGGCCAUCAUCGAGCAACCAUUGGAAGAGGAACCCCUUCACGAGGGCAAGAACACGGUCACCUAUGAGUCGCGGAUCUUAAAAAGCCUCUUCCUAGAACUGACAUAAAGGCCAGAUUUAUUUUCCCACUUUGUCUAUACAAACCAUAGGCAAAUAGACCAGCUUCAUUCUUACCCAAUGUCUGCUGCGCACUCUUCUACCAUAGACUCUCUUCCACCUGUAUUUUGGCAUGCAUCAGCAGUUUGGGUUGGGUUAUGUUGUAAGUUCUAUGUGUACUUCUGGUUAGUGUCUCAACACCGAAAUGUAAGAUGUGCAUUACUGCUUAAGACAGAAUACAGGGCGUAGUUUUCUUGGGAUAUACUGAUGCGUUAAUGUUUGUGUUCCUCCGUGUUUCAAGUUUUGGGAUGUUUAAUAGCCUCGUGCAGGAACGAGGGAGGGAGCUUUGUUACCUAGCAGUAAUGUCUCAGAUAUUUUUACAAAAGUAGCCAUGCAAGUUGUAGACUUGUAGUCUGUGAUUUUGAGAGCCAAAUGGGCCACGCCAUAUGGUCUAAAAGCUGUUGCAUGAUGCGUUGACAUUCUGCAUCUUCAAAUCCGGUGCAUGUACGUUCUUGUGCGUGUUAUGUAUAUGCUGGACGGUCAGCACUUUCGCAAACUGAUGCGAUACUUUUUACGAUGUGUCUGGGGAAACUCCCUUGGCAAGGAUACCCUCGUUUCCAUGCAUGUGGCAUGGAGUACACAUGGAUUUUGUCAGUUACGUUGUAAGGCGAUUUACGUUGUGAAAAUCAGACAUGCCGUUCUGGCAAACUACCCAUUCCCCCCCUCCCGCCAUGCUUAUUGCACACAGGCCAGUAUGCACGAGGCCAUGAACUUCAAAGAAUUGUAACAAUGUAAAUGUCUUUUACUGGACACAUAAAAUUUCAUCACUGCAGACUUUGAUAUAGUGUACGCGAUCUCAAAGAAAACUCAAGUUUGUACAUGUAGGAUUCAUAUGAAGCACCUCAGCAUUGUACCAUUCAUAAUUUAAUGUAUGAGUGUUUCAAACAGUUCAAUAAAAAAACCCAAACUGA